AAGUCAAAUACAUCUGGCAGGACUUUUAUGCAGAGAAGGGGAGGAAAUCGAUCAUGUCAUGCCCCCGCAUUCAAAACGGUUACAUUUCUAAAAGUUGAUCAGGUUUAUGAUUAAAAUGAUUCUGAUAAAUGAUCUACAGUCAGGAAAGGUAUCUGCUAAUUAAUGAGGCGCAUCGAUGAUAAGGUUGGGACAUAAAGACGGAAGACGAGGAGGUGAUGGGGAAACGAAUUUCUACCAAAACAAAGAAAUGAGGGAACCAAGAACUCAAUAUUUAAUGCGCUGUGGAAUCUAAAUAACUUUUUCUUCUACCAUGAAUAAGAGGUGGAUCCGACGGAGGCUGCCUGUCUUGAUUUUCACCUUCUUCAUCAUUCUAUAUGUGGAUUUCCAUUUACACACUAACAGCCACCCCAAACUCAGCGCGGGCCACCAUCCGUCACCCGGUGCGGUCCACCACACCAUCCAACAGGCGCCCUCCUCGCCCAAGCACGCACAGAUCCCAGCUAGAAACAGCUGCACCAGUGGCAACAGACAGAUUACCGACGGGCACGGAGGAGACCCAGCCGCGCAUGGUGCACGCGUCACCCAGGCGAAACUAAAGCAGGAGGACAUCUUCAUCGCUGUGAAGACCACUGGGAGGUUCCAUAAGACGCGUCUUGCGCUCCUUUUGGAGACGUGGAUCUCCAGAACCAAGGCACAUACAUUCAUUUUCACAGACACAGAGGAUGAGGGCUUAUGUUCAGAAGGGUAUAACAUGGUGGUAACAGGCUGCCAGUCAGAUCACAGCCAGCAGGCUCUGUCCUGCAAGAUGGCUGCUGAGUACGACAGCUUCAUGGCCUCAGACAAGAGGUGGUUUUGUCACGUGGAUGAUGACAACUACGUGAACGCCGAGGCCCUCCUCUCUUUGCUCUCAGCCUUCCCCCAGGAGAGAGACAUCUACGUGGGCAAGCCGAGCCUGGACAAGCCCAUCACUGCUCAUGAGCUGCUGGAGGGAAACUCAACGAGGGAAGUACGGUUCUGGUUCGCCACAGGAGGAGCAGGAUUCUGCCUGAGUCGACGGCUGGCGGAGAAGAUGGCUCCCUGGGCCCGUGGCUCACGCUUUGAGCAGACGUCAGCGACAAUACGUCUCCCUGAUGAUUGCACCGUGGGCUUUAUUGUGGAGAAGAGACUGGGCAUCUCAAUGGUCCACUCUCCUUUAUUCCACUCACACCUGGAGAACCUGCUGCUGAUCAGCCACAGAAGCAUACCACACCAGGUGACACUGAGCUAUGGGAUGUUUGAGAACAAGAUGAACAGUAUUGAGGUGAAUGGAAGCUUCUCCAAGGAGGACGACCCCUCCCGGUUUAAAACCGUCCACUGCAUGCUGUAUCCUUUCACCAGCUGGUGUCCGUGAACUCUUCAUAGAGGACCACAGCCUCCAGAGACAUAUGGGACAAGACUGGUAAUCCUGCUGGAGGAAAUACUUUUCAUGGGACUUGUCUAGAUGCAGAGAAAACUGGUGGAAGAACAUUAGAAGCAGAUGCCAGAACUGGAGACAAAAUAAUGUGAAUGAAGCCUAGGACACCUAGUCCUCUUGCACCUGAUUAGAAGGGAUAAGGGUGGAUACUGUUCUAUGCAAAACAUAGAUUAAUAGAAGAACCUUGGACUGAACGUUUUGUGUCUUUACUACUGAUUGUUUUGUUGCAGUGAAAGACAAAAGACAAGGCAGAACUGGAUGAAAUUUCGCAAAGUUAUCUUGUUGAUAAAUGGACAAAAUUAAAACAAAAUUGUACAGAUUUUUAAAUUUUAUGCCUUUUUUUCUGAACUUUGAUAAUCUUUUAUGCAUCUUAUUUUAUUUUUUAUGAUUACCAUAUUUGUCAAGAUUUUUAAAGUUGAUGAUGAUUAAAACUACAACAAGGCUGCAUCUACAUGGACUGAAUUAUCUCCAGGUGGCGAGGCUGAGGUUUCUGAAUUCAUUUGAGUUUUUAUUGAUUGAGUGCGUCUGGUUUUCUGUGUGAGUGAGUUUUUACGAAGGAGACGGUGUCCUUGUACCUAUGAAGUCUGCACCUGGUGAACUAUUCUGAACCACAUCUCCCUUCGCACCCAAACCUCCUGUCCUCCCCGCCUGGCUUCUGUCACCCUCCACCCUCCAUCUGUCUUCUUCCCUCCUCCUCCCACCUUUCUCUGUCUCUUUCUGUUUACUAAGUCUUCUCUGUAAUUGCUGUGUUUGCUCCUUCAAGGCCAUGGCUGAAAGCAAACUGAACUUCCCCUCGUCCUCUUUACCUCUUUUUUUAACCUUAAACAACAAUAACAAACCACUAAAAGCAUGAAGCAGACGACAUAUGACACACCUACCACCCGCUCCUCGCCAUGGCAAGAAAAUCAGUUACAGAACAAGAAUAUAAAUCUCAAAAUGACAUGAACACAAUCAAACGUUAGUGUGGAAAUAGGAGGUGGAGGGUCUUUGCAAAGUACCUGCAGAGAGAUGACAGUGUGCCGCCGGCUCCUGCACGUUGCUUAUUUGUUUUGAACGGAGAUGUGAUGAAUACAGAUAUACUGCUGAAUGCAUCUAGGGCUGACCUUGUGUGAAGUGGAAGGAAAGUAGUUGAGAAUGUGUUGGAAUGGCUGUGUGAGCCUGACACAUCUCCACGAGAAUACUGAAACCCACUGUGUGGCAUACAGUAAAUAACACAAGACCACUGUGAAUAUAAGAUCAAUUUACUGCAGCAGUUACAGAAUGAA